AUGACGUUUGUUUUAGCACAGUGCACUUUUCCCAGUUUCGGUUUUCACCGAAUCCUAUUACAUCCGGCACAGCGCUGCGCACGAGUCACAAGAUUUCCGCUCGUCACUCUCACUUCAUCACAUUACACCGUUUUACGAUGCUCAUUAGCGAAAAUCGUGUGUGUAGCGUUGUCUAGAAAGACCUUUAUGCUUCUUUUGCUGAACACAAGUGGCUAUACACCAGAUCCAGACGGCAUGAUUGAAGUGGUGUACUGUGCCCUCGCGCCGGUAACUCGCUCCACGGAAUACGAUGUUGUGUGA